UGCCAGGUGGACACCGCAGCAGAAAGCCCAAGCCGCAGGCGGCGUAGCGGCCGGCUUCCCUUUUCCGAAGCUACUCAGAGGUUAACCAGGGUCUGUGAGCAAACAGCUUAGAGAAAGAGCCCAGCUUAGCGCCCAGGGCUGUCCCAGGAGGCGAUGGCAAGCAAACAGGGGCAGCCCUCACCCUCUCCAGCCCAGCAAGGAGCCCUUUGGGCAGGGCUGGGACUGAGGGAAGUUGCAGGAGGGGGUGUUUGGCUUUACAGGCAUAUGCACACAGAUGUAUAUAUAUAAAAACCCUGCAGACGGAGCCCGGGAGGGUUGGCAAACACACCCACACCUUGGUUCGCCGGGCAGUGCUCUGGGCGUCCCAGCAGCUGAACGCCAGCGUAGGGGAGCGUGCGGGUAGCGGAGAUAUCUGCCCAUGGGCUCGCUGCUGCUGCUGCUGCUGCUGCAGGCAGUUUGGAAAGGUGCUGUAGGAAAAUCCCAUUCGCUGCACACCCGAGGAAUCAUCGAACUGGCAGGAGCUAUCACAUGUGGCACGGGGCGGUCCCCCUUGGCAUAUAUUGGCUAUGGAUGCUACUGCGGGCUGGGAGGACAAGGCUGGCCUAAAGAUAAAACAGACUGGUGCUGCCACAGGCACGACUGCUGCUACGACAAGGCGGAGAAAGAGGGCUGCAGCCCCAAGGUGCAGAGCUACCAGUGGGAGUGCGAGGAGAAGGCCGUGCAGUGCGAUAAAGUGACAGACCGAUGUGAGAAAAUGGUGUGCCAGUGUGACCAGGAAGCAGCCAAGUGCUGGGGAGAGGCCCCUUACAACCCGCACUUCAUCCUCUGGCCAAACUUUCUGUGUGGACGGACUCAUCCCACCUGCCACUUCAGCUACGGGGGGGAGAAAUAGUCUUGUUAGAAGCUUUCUUCUAAUCUGAAAGCACUGGAAUAAAAAUUGUACCUCUUUUCCCUGAGCUAACAAUGGUGUGAGAGAAUCUCUGUCAGGUAAGGGUUUACGGGGAAGAAAGACAGGGCAAAAUGUGUGCCUCUUCCAAAUACUGAAGUAAAGAUAAAAUCUCAACCCUUCUGUAUGAAAGGUAAGGACCCCUGUGACACUCCAAGCAGAUCUGCGCUCAAACUGAGUGUUGUCUGCAGUGUAGCUAGAGCACAUUGCCAGUCGCCAAAUGGCUUUCUUGUCCUUUCACACAGUCUGACCUGCGGCUCCCACACAACUGCACAUAAUCUGGAAAAUAUGUAGAGACUUCUGCCGGACUUUUUUU